CGCGCGGGAUUUUGUUUGGCUAACCGGAAGUGGUGAGCGGAUGUUGUGCUGACAGGAGAAGGAAAGAUUUAACAAAUAUAUCAAAUUAAAAUAACAAAUACAAACUUAAUUAAAUUAAACAAAAACACAAUGUAACGGAGAAUCAUUUAAAGGGAAAAUACUAUUUUAAUUUAAAACGAGUAUUUUAUGCUUCGGUCUUGCAGUACAAAGAAAUAAGUCGCUUGAAAUAGUGACGUCCAAAGAAGAAUAAAACAAACAAGACAUGACACAGCCAGGACGCUAACUUUCGAAUUUAAAAGAGUAGGGUCCACGACAGAAAUUACAUAAAGAAGGUCGACGACGGUUGGGCUUGAAAGCAAAAUUAUCUAAAAAGACACCAGAAUGCUGGGAGGCAAUGGUAUGCUGAAGAGCCAUCAGGAGGUGCUGAAGAGGAACCGAGUUUCCCUGGCGAAGCAGCUGAUUAUAGGAGAGCUGCUUCAGUACCUGCUGGCUGCAGAUAUCCUGACAGAGAACAUGGUGGAGACAGUCAUGUCCAAGACAGGGUCCUUCAGUCAGAACGUAGAGUUCCUGUCUCUGCUUCCGAAGCGAGGCCCGCGGGCCUUUGAGGAAUUCUGUGCAGCGCUACAAGAGACUAAGCAGGAACACCUGGAGAAACUGCUCCGACAGAACAUUGCAAUAGAGAGCAGUGUGGAUACUAUGCUGUCCUGCCCCAUACAGGAAACUGAGGGAUUCAAACCAAAAAGAGCCCGCAGACAAGAGUCUAUGGAGUUAUGUCUGGAUGGAGGCGACGGGCCCCUGUCUCCAACCAUUCUGCCUUGCACACACGAGUUCUACAUGAAGCACCAUCAACAGUCCUAUCGCAUGCUGUCGAGCCCUCGUGGCCUGGCCCUGGUGGUCAGUAACAUCCAGUUUGACCCUGCGACCCAUGACCUGGAUUUUCGGAGCGGGGGGGAGGUCGAUGAGAUCACUCUGACAAACCUCUUCUCAGCCUUAGACUUCCAUGUCAAAGUGCUCACCAACAAAACAGCGGAGGAGAUGAGGGCGGAGCUCAGACAGUUCUCCCGGCUGGAGCAGCAUCGAUUGGCCGACGCCUGUGUAGUUGCUGUGCUGUCACACGGAGUGGAGGGGGCUGUGUACGGAGUCGACGGGAAGCUGGUGCAGCUGGAUGAAAUUUUUCAGUUUUUUGAUAACAGCAGCUGCCCCAACCUGCAGAACAAACCCAAAGUGUUCUUCAUACAAGCCUGUCGGGGGGACGAGACGGACUCCGGAGUGGACCAGCAGGACGGGCCAGAUCGGUCCGAAUCUCCUGGCUGCGAGCAGAGGGAUGCUAGGAAGGAGGGGGAUCUGAAAGUGAGGCUGCCCACCCAGUCCGACAUGAUCUGUGGAUACGCCUCCCUCAAAGGCACGGCAGCUCUGCGCAACACAAAGCGAGGUUCGUGGUUCAUUCAGGCUCUCAGUGAGGUUUUCUAUCACAGCGCCAAGGACAAGCAUGUAGCCGAUAUGCUGGUCAAGGUGAACUCCCUGAUCAAACAGAGAGAAGGUUUCGCACCCGGGACAGAGUUUCACCGCUGCAAAGAAAUGUCUGAGUACCGCAGCUCACUUGACAGAGACCUCUAUCUGUUCCCAGGAUAUCAGCCAAGCCGCUAAAACACACAUACAUGGACCCAUAGAGACACAGUGAGAGACAGACACACACAAACACGCAGUGAGGCAUACACACAGACACAGUGAGAGACACAUACAGACACAGAUAAAUACCAUUUUUUUUAAAUAUAUAUUGUUAGGGGGAACUAGCCAUAAAACUCAAAACAUAUGAGGGAUUCAUUUUUAUUAAUUAACAUUUCUUGGUGUAAGUAAUUUUAUCUGAAAUCUUUUUUUAUCAUUCCUUUUGAUUUUUAAUUUCAAAACAUAAUUUUCCAAACACCAGCAUUUGCCAUGUAUGUUAAAAUUUGUUUUUGUAAAACAAAUCAUUUUCUUAUUCCGACUGACCCCGUUUAGCUGGUUAGCUCAGUUUAUCCAAGCAGACAUUCCUGACAGUUGUGCUCACCUCCUGAUCACACAUACUGGGUUAGAAAGUCACCAUCAGGUUCAUUUCCCAGUUUUCCAGAUGAUAGCAGGGUACGGGUGGAAAGCAGCUCCUUGCUUGUAUUGUUUGUGAUGUCACCAGCUGUCUGGGAAUCUGGUGAAUGAACCUGCAUCAGAGAUCCAGAAACUAAACCGACAGGCUGGUUCUGUAAAUUAACUCUGUAUUUAUAUAAAUGUAUCUACCACAUAUAAAACAUGGAUGGAAAUAAGACUCCCAUUGCCUCUCCGUUGCUGGUUUUACUAUGAGUUUUAGAAGACACACGUGAACUUUUUAUUGAAACAAUAUGGCUAAUCAAGGUUGUAGUAAAACCUGAAAUGGGUGAAACUGCUAUGCAGUAGGAUCUUAAUUCCUUUUCUGUUAAGUCUGGGAUUUUCUUGGUAUAAGUAGUAUUUUCCCUGCAUGAGUGGACCAAAUGGAAAUCAACAGUUUGGUAAAAUGCAUUUAUCAUUAAAAAUAGAAAAUCAAACUGUUAUUUAGUUUGUCCUGUAAAUGUAUUUUUUUUUUUUUUUGAAUGCCUAGAUUGAAACAGCAUGCUUUUUUAAAGUUUGUGUAUUGAGGUGCAUUUCAAAGCUUAAACCACAAGAGGGCAAGUUAGCUAAGCCCUGUUCAGUUGUUGUUUUCUGAGUUUGUUUAUGAAUUGUAAAUUGUAAUUGCAUUUCACUGCCGCAUUCAAGAACAAAACAAAACUGUAUUACUGUCCUGCCAAA